GAAUGAAUUUUCGUUGGUGAAUGUUUUUGUUUUGUGUUCUAAAUUUGUUAAACGUCAUGUUAUUUUUGUAGCCUAAAAUGGUGAUGGAAUAUGUCAGGGGUCUCUUCUUUUUUAAAUACAUAUAUUUGUCUUGUUGUUGUUUAGUGGAAAGUCUGAAGACAUUAUUUUAGGAGUAUAUGAAUAGUGCGGAGAUGAACCGGUUCAAAGAUGGAGGUCGUCAGAAGGAGAACCAACUUGACUUCAACGCUAAACAAGAAGCGCGGUAUGAAGCCAUGAGACAAUCUAGAUACAGUUCUAUUGUGUAUAAACAACACGAAGAACUACAGCGACGUUUCGAAAGGCAGGCCAGAUUGAUAGAAAAAACAAAAAAAGCCUUGGCUUCUGAUAUUCGAAAAAUUCGAAUAAAACGUCGAGAAUAUUUAGAUAAAUACACAGAGGUGAAACGAGAUUUAGAUUAUUUUCGACAGACAUCGUCGAUAGCCGAAAGUCGAAUUUCAACUUUACGUAAACGACAUUUUGAUUUUCAGCAAUCGCAAAGAGUGGCACAAUUUCUAGAUCAGUACGAUGACGGAGCGGGCAUAUAUCUCUACGGUGAUUUCUAUCCAAGUGGUCGUAUAAAUUUUCUUCCUAAUGUUAACGGACAAAGUCCAGUUUUGCGUGGAUCGCAUUCGGGUUCCAGUAGAUAUUCCGCAAAUGAACAUUAUUUAACGGAUGGAGAAAAAUCGAAAACUCAACGAUCAGUGCUCUCUCCUUCCACUAGCACUAGCGGAGAUCGAAGUUUUAAAACAUCUGAAUUGCUUGAAAUAGAAUUAAAGCGGAAUGUGGAACGUUAUCGCAUCGGAAAUCUUGGAAGACGAAAAGAUAUCGUACAUCUCUUCAGUGUUCAAAACGUCACUGGGAGGUCCGUUUAUGUGAAACAUUUUCCCGGUAAAAAGUUGUUCAAAUAAAUACUGAGACCUUGUUUUAUUUUGAGUUUAUAUUUAUUUGAUAUUUUUUUUCCAAAUUCUUUUUAUCAAUUUUCUAAGCAUGUACACUUAUAGUUUGACAGGGUCUAACUGAUAUACGAUAGUCAUGACAAAAACAGGAAAAUUUCAAUCAUGGUAGGACUUGCUGUGACCAUUCCAGUGAGAGGUGGUGUAACUUUAUUUUGUUAUAAUCAACAUGAAUUACUGUCGAUAUUUAAAUUUAACAAGUCUAUCUCGUCAACCAUCACCAAUCAGAGUGUUAACUGGUAUUAUGCAACAGGCUCCACCAACAAUGAUCAGUAUGGCAGGAGGUCGACCAAAUCCCAAUCUCUUCCCUAUAAAAGGUGUUUCAAUAUCGCUCAGGGAUGGUACAACAGUAGAUAUUGAACCCAGUCUUGUACAGAAAGGCUUACAGUAUUCUGCUACACCAGGACUUAAUGAAAUGUUAGACUGGGUAAAAAUUCUACAAAAAGAUGUCCACAAUCCUCCAACAUUGAAUAGUAGCGAUGUUGAUAAACAGCUAGAUAUGUUGAUAAUUCCAGGUAGUCAAGAUGGAUUAUCUAAGGCAUUUGAAGCAUUUAUAACAGAAAAAGACAAUAUUUUAAUAGAAACACCGACAUAUUCUGGUACCUUAGCUAUCGUGAAGCCCAUGCGAUCCAAUUUACUCAGUGUUCAAACAGACAAACAUGGUAUUAUACCCAGUCACUUACGAAAAAUUCUUUCUAAAUGGUCACCAGAAGAUACAAAAGAUCCAAAAAGCGAUAUACCUAAGAUUUUAUACUGUAUACCUAAUGGGGGUAAUCCCACAGGCCAUGGAUUAACUCUGGAACGGAGGCAGGAGAUCUAUCAAAUAGCUCAUGAGUAUGAUUUAUUAAUUAUGGAAGAUGAUCCUUAUUUCUACUUGCAAAAUAGACAGCCGUAUAUACCUAGUUUUUUGUCGAUGGAUGUUGAUGGUAGAGUGCUGAGAUUUGAUUCUUUCUCUAAACUUUUAUCUUCAGGUAUGAGGGUUGGUAUAGUGACUGGACCUAAAGCUAUAAUUAAUAGAAUAGCUCUUCAUAUGCAAGCUUCUGUUGUACAGACUAGUGGCAUGUCACAGGUUCUGCUGUAUACUAUACUAGAGAGAAUGGGUUUAAAUGGUUUUAAAGAACAUGUUAAAAAUGUGGCUAGUUUUUAUCAACAACAACGAGAUCAUUGUUUAACAUCUGCUGAAAAACAUCUUAAAGGAUUAGCUGAAUGGUAUGUACCGGAAUGCGGUAUGUUUUUAUGGAUGAAGUUAAUAGGAAUUCCGGAUAGUUAUAAACUUAUUACAGAAAAAGCUAGGGAAAAAGAAGUCUUGUUUGUUCCUGGAAAUGCCUUUAUGUUAAAUAGCGAAGAACCUUGUCCAUAUGUUCGAGCUUCAUAUUCUGAAAGUUCACCAGAAGAAAUGGACAUGGCUUUUGAAAGACUGGCAUCUGUGUUAAGAGAAGCUAAAUGAAAAUAUCUAAUAAUCUUAUAAUGGAACCAUAAGGUGACAGAAUACAAUGUUAACUGAUAAAUGUUGAAUUUCAUCUGUAUAAUUAACAGACAAUGACUUCUGAUAUCAUCUGCCCUAUGUAUUUGAACUGAAUUGUAUCUAUAGUUAUAAAGAAAUGAUAAUUUGAGAUACAUGUACAAUUAAAUAAAUCAUCCAGAUUUAUUAGGAUCAAAUAUGUGAAAUCAAAGGGUGAUCUGAUGCAAGUUGAUUUGUUAUUUGAAGAAACAAAAAUGUUAUGUGUGGUUUGGUACUGUUAUUUAAAAUCAUGCAGGUAUUAUAUCAUAAGAAUAAAGUAUUUAAUUUAUCUAUUUUUGUAAUUUGAUCAAUCAAAUGGCAAUCACUAUUGUUGAAAUUUUCAUUUUUUGUUUUCAAUCACAGGAAGCUACAUUUUUUUUUUAAAUAUAGUGCUAUUUUGUUAUAUACAUACAUCCACAUCAUAAAUCCAAGUAGCAAAAAUCUUCUUCAUGAACAUGAGAUUUCUGAUCAUGAUCAUGAAUUGUCAUGAAGAUUUUUUUCCUAGGCUGCCUAGGCACACAAUUACAAUAUACUAGUCAUAUUUAAUUUUAUGUUUGGAUGUAUGAUUGAGCUUAAUGUAUUUACUAGUGUUUUGAAAGAUUUUGAUUUUUAGACAUAGUUGAUUUCUGAAAUAAUUAUUUUUUAAAUAAAUUAGUCUAAAUUUUAGAAAUAUUUUGAAAGUCUUUUAUGAUUUCCAAAAUAAAUUAUUAAAUUUUUUUUAAAAUGAGCUUGUUAUUUUUUUCAUUAAAAAAGUGUCUGUUUUAAGACUAUGACUUCACCAGGAUGUACAGGAAUAAUUAUAGCUGUUAUCAGCCUUUAUAUUUGAAA